UGUUUUUAAUGAACACAUGAUCAGUUAUAGGAAUUCAGUACAAUACUGAAUAAUAAUUAUAGUACUAGUAUUUACAGCGUUUGGAGUCCUACCAUAUUCCAUUGUGUUCGAUAUUCUGCUGUGGCUACUGGAGAGAAUGUUUGUUCAAUCAGUGACUUUUCUGUUUCUUUUAUUUUCGCUUAGAACCAAUGGACUAGGCACGAAGCAAAACCAAUUCCCCUUUGUGGACCUGGGUUCCAAUGGAGUCUCGUAUGAGGAUCUCUACCAGUACAACAGUGAUAACUACAGGGUUGCUAGCCCCAUCUAUCCUGGUAUCAAAAUUGGCUUAUACGGCUACUUUAAUAGUGCCUAUAUUAAUCAAAAUGGAGCCAUAUCAUUCCAAAAGAAUAUAACUUACCGAUCAGCGUUUAGUUCGAUUUCACAAGAAUAUGUUAUCGCUCCAUUUUGGGAUGAUAUGUACUUCAACUCUAACGGUCACGUGCGAUACGAAGUACAUGUACACAACGAGUACCAGUCCUCCGCCCUAUCAAUGAGUCUGAAGAAAAGAGUGGAAAAUUAUAUCGGCAGUACUAUAGGUGUCUAUCCUGUUGUCAAGUCAUUGCUCGUUGUCGAGUGGAAAGGAAUGAUUGGCUACAGUUCUUCUCGAGAAACAAAUACAUUCCAAGCCAUCGUUGCUUCCUCUGAUUCUGAGUCAUACGCCAUCUUCACGUACCAGUGCGGAGGAAUGCUGUGGUCUAGCAGUGAUGCAACUAUCGGGUUCGGAGAUCCCUACGGUCAUUACAGGAAUCACCCCUAUAGUCGCAGUUUGCAGAGCCAGAAUCCCAUUGCCUGUCUCAAUAGCCCGAAUAGUGUGUGGAGCAACGUGGUGUACAAGUUGAGACGAGCCAAUAUAUGUACGUCGUACGAGUUUGGGUGUACCGAUGGGUCUUGUGUUAACAACCGUGACCACUGCAACGGUCUAGUGUCAGAUUGCAGGGACGGAACUGAUGAAAUCGCUUGCACAUCUUGGCACACUCCAUCUUGCCGUAAUAGUCAGUACAGCUGUGUUAGUGGAGGGUGUGUGGAGUCGUCUCUAAAGUGUGACGGGCGUGACGACGAUUGUGCAGAUGGGAGUGACGAAAGCAACUGCUCUUCUUAUGAUGUUUCUACUGGAGCCAUUUUUGGUAUCUCGAUCGCAGGUGUAGUCGUCAUCUUUGUUUUCGUCGUUGCCAUAGUGACUGCUAUCCAUCGUCACCUGAAGCAGCGUAAUCAACGCCGAGUCCAAUUCCAACGUCUUCGUUCCGAGCUCACUGUUCGUCCUCAACCCACUCCCCAGCCGCAGACACUCUACUAUCAGCCCAAACCAGAAGAGUGGUAUCAGACUGUUGAAGGUCAAUGGGUUCAAGGACCACCCCCUGCAUACGUCCCCGAUGUCCACGGGGGAUUCCCCUCAGAGGGUGGUGCCGAGGUUGAACUUAUUGGAGGAGUUGGCAACUCAAAUGAGACAGAGGUUGUGAUAGAUGACUCGGCACAUUCUACUGUCAUCUCAGUUCCUCCCCCAAACAUUCCCGAUGACCAGUCUUCUCUCAUCAAUGAUGCCGAAUCCUUUGCCACUAACGAGGUGGGUGUGGUCAGUAACGAGGAGAAUUCUCUCGAUAAUAGCUCGUCAGAGUCCUCCCUUGUGAACAAUGAAGACACUCCCCUUAUCGAGUCCUCAGUACUUAUUAAUUAAUUUUGUCCGUCUUCUUGUGUUGCAAUGACUGGCUUGUAGAGUCACUGUUUUUAAUCACUAUUAAUUAUAGUAUGUCUCAUAAAUCUUUAUUAUUCUAAUAA